AAAACAAUUAAAUUUAAAGUUUUGACAAAUUAAUACACAAAUUAAACAAAUUGUGGAACUGAACAACGCGCCCAAACAUUUAGGGAAUAUCAACACUGAAUCUUAUUAGACUGAAACGAAUUUGGAAUAUUAAUUAUAACAUUUUGAAUGACUUACACAACACAAUGGAACUGCAUCAACGACAUCUGUCCUAUUUCUAUAAAUUGCACAAGUAAAUAAAUAAAUAAAUGAAAUGCAUAUAGAUUGCAUUAAUUAAAUUGCAAUUGAGAGAGAGUGACACACACACGCGCGCGCUUUAGAAUCAUGUCCAGCAUCAAGACGGAGCAGAGCGCAGCAGCGGGCGGAGCCAACAGCAUUGGCUAUCAGCUGCCUAUGAACAUGAGCACAGCGACAGCAGCUACGACGACGACGAUGGGAGCGUCUGUGGCAUCCACUGUGCGUCACAAUGUGUCGGUGACCAAUAUCAAGUGCGAGCUGGAUGAGCUGCCGACGCCGAAUGGGAAUUUGGUGCCGGUUAUAGCGAGCUAUAACAAUCAUAAUCACAAUCACAAUCACGGCAAUAGUUUGCGCAUACCGCUGAGCGGCACGAGCACGGGCCAGGCGGAGGAGGAGUCCGACUCGGAGGCGGAGCUGGCGAACAUUGAGAGUCUGAAGGUGCGACGACGAGCGGCGGACAAGAAUGGACCGCGGCCCAUGAGCUGGGAGGGUGAGCUCAGCGAGCCAGAGACCAAUUUGGGCGAUGAGGAGCUCAUGGAAACGGAAACGGUUAUCAAAAGCGAAGCCAGCAGCAGCACAAGCAGCAGUCAAGUGGUGGCCAUGAUGCAGCCCAUCAAAACCGAGCUGGAGCAUAUAGCGGGCGAAAUGCAGCAGCAGCAACCACAACAGCAACAUCAGCAGCAGCAACAGUUGCUGCCGCUAAAGCAAAACUUUGGCAACAAACUGAAGCUGGCGCCGACGCAAAGUGAUCCCAUUAAUCUCAAAUACGAACCCGCCGUUGCCAGCUCAACGCUGUGCGAGCGCAGCAAAUCCUCAAGCGGCGGUCAUUUGCCGCUGCUGCCCGCCAAUCCCAGUCCCGACUCGGCCAUACAUUCCGUUUAUACGCACAGUAGUCCGUCGCAGUCGCCGCUAACGUCGCGCCACGCCCCCUAUACGCCCUCGCUGAGCCGCAACAACAGCGACGCAUCGCACAGCAGCUGCUACAGCUACAGCUCCGAGUUCAGUCCCACCCACUCGCCCAUACAGGCGCGUCAUGCGCCCUAUCCCGGCACAGUGCCCACUGGCGCCGCCGCCAGCUAUGCCAAUGGCGCAACGCCGCUGCAUCAUCAUAGUCUGCUCUAUCGGCCAUUGAAUGUGGACGCUGCUGCUGCCGCCGCCGCCGCCGGGCAGGAGGCACAAAAUCUCAGCAUGGAUGCCAGCAAUUUGGAUGCCACUGCCGCGCUGCCUGCUUCACCGGCGGGCAUCUCACGCCAGCAGCUGAUCAACUCGCCCUGUCCCAUUUGCGGCGACAAGAUCAGCGGCUUCCAUUACGGCAUCUUCAGCUGCGAGAGCUGCAAGGGAUUCUUCAAGCGCACCGUGCAGAAUCGCAAGAACUAUGUGUGCGUGCGUGGUGGGCCCUGCCAGGUGAGCAUCUCCACGCGCAAAAAGUGCCCCGCCUGCCGUUUUGAGAAGUGUCUGCAAAAGGGCAUGAAACUGGAGGCCAUACGCGAGGAUCGCACACGCGGCGGUCGUUCCACCUAUCAAUGCUCCUAUACGCUGCCCAAUGCCAUGUUGAGUCCACUGCUAAGUCCAGAUCAGGCGGCAGCAGCAGCAGCAGCCGCAGCAGCGCAACAGCAACAACACCAACAACAGCAGCAGCAGCAGCAACAUCAGCAGCAGCAACAACAACAGCAGAGAUUGCAGCAUCAACAGCAGCUCAAUGGCUUUAACAGUGGCGGCGGCGGCGGUGGCUCCAGCUGCGGCAGCUUGCCCGCCAGUCCCAGUCUGGGCGCUGCCAUCAAGACUGAGCAAACCGAAGCGCAGCUUCUAACACGCGCCUCCAGCGUUCCAGCUCUGCUACAGGAAAUCAUGGAUGUUGAACAUCUCUGGCAAUACACGGAUGCAGAGCUGGCGCGCAUUAAUCAGCCGCUGUCCUCAUUUGGUGCAAAUGGUGCCAGCAACAGCAGCAGCAGCAGCGAACCACAGAUGACCAAUCCACUGCUGGCCAGUGCUGGUCUCUCAUCCAAUGGCGAGAAUGCCAAUCCCGAUCUGAUUGCUCAUCUCUGUAAUGUCGCCGAUCAUCGGCUCUAUAAGAUUGUCAAAUGGUGCAAGAGUCUGCCGCUCUUUAAGAAUAUAUCGAUUGACGAUCAAAUCUGCCUGCUCAUCAACUCCUGGUGCGAACUGUUGCUGUUCUCCUGCUGUUUUCGUUCGAUUGAUACGCCCGGCGAGAUUAAAAUGUCACAGGGCAGAAAGAUUACGCUGGCGCAGGCUAAGACCAAUGGCUUGCAGGCCUGCAUUGAACGUAUGUUGAAUCUGACAGAUCAUUUGCGGCGUUUACGCGUUGAUCGCUAUGAAUAUGUUGCCAUGAAGGUGAUCGUGCUGCUGCAGUCUGACACCACAGAGCUGCAUGAGGCGGUUAAGGUGCGCGAGUGCCAGGAGAAGGCGCUGCAGAGCUUACAGGCCUAUACGCUGGCCCAUUAUCCCGAUACGCCGUCCAAGUUUGGUGAACUGCUGCUGCGCAUUCCCGAUCUACAGCGCACGUGUCAGCUGGGCAAGGAGAUGCUCACCAUAAAGACACGUGAUGGCGCUGACUUCAAUUUGCUGAUGGAGCUGCUGCGCGGAGAACAUUGACAAAUGCUGUGGGCCAUGCAACACACAAAGUUUUAUAUGAUUAGUAUUAGCAGUAUCUAUGCUUAGUGUUUAAGCGCUCUAUCUGAUAAGUUCUGAAAACAUGUGCCUAAAGAACAUAAGCUCACAGACACAAAUCUCGCAAUGGCGGCAACAAAAACACGAGUAAAAUCACAAACUGAAAGCACUUAAAGCUUAAAACAGCGACACAGAGAGAUAUAUAGAGAGAGAGAGAGAGAGAGAGAGCGAGAAUGUU